AGCAGCAAUAUAAGAAUUGGAAAAAGAGGAAUAUUAUUACGUCUAUUUUUCUGAGGCUUCUUAGCCUGUUCCUUAAGUGACAGAAAACUGGCGGCCAUGUCAGCUGUGUGGGACACUGACUAUCUGUGGAGGGAGGUCCAAGGGGCAAAGCUGGCCUCUCUCUUUGGUCUGGACCGAGCAGAGUGUCAGGGAAAUGAGUCCUUCCAGUUCACCGCCCCCAAACAACCAAAAAAGACAAGCGGUGUAUUAGGGCUGCCUCCUCAGAAACACCCUCCUCCUCCUCCUCCAUGUGCUCCAGCUGUGCUGUUUGCUACAGCUGCUCAUGCGUUCUGCUUUGUAAAUGGACAAUAUGUGAAGCAAGGCAAGAUAGGAGCUGCUGUUUUAGGGAAUCAUGUCACCAAAGAGUACAAGAUUCUGUUGUACGGCAGUAAACAAAAGCAGAUCACAGCGGCUCGAAUCCAGCGCGGAUUUGUGCUCACGGUUCAGCCCUGUAAAUAUGUUGCUUUCUAUGAUGACCAGCAGCAGAACUGGUCUUUAAUGUUUGACUCAGAAAAGGCCAGACCGGAAUUCAUUAGGGAGGUGUUUUUGGCCAGGUGGAACAGCGAGGCUUCUUCAGACUCUCUGCUCACUCAGGAUCUGCUCCACGGAGAAGGUCAAGCUGUGAAUGUUGGAGACACUGUGGAGGUGGCGUAUUCUGGAUGGCUCUUACACAACCACUCUCUAGGACAGAUAUUGGACUCAAAUCUGGGCAAAGAAAAGCUCCAGCGUGUGAAGCUUGGUUCAGGAAAAGCUCUGAGGGGAUUGGAGGACGGGAUGCUUGGUAUGCAGAAAGGGGGUCGACGACUGCUUAUUAUCCCUCCUAGUAUGAGUUACGGGUCAAAGAGCGGCCCUAAUCAUGUGCCGGCAGAAAGCACUCUGGUCUAUGAUGUAGAGGUUCAUCGAGUUAAAUUCGGCAAAAACAGACAUGGUGGGGGAUCUGCUGAAGCCUUCAGCACACCUCCGGACGUCUGUUCAGGCACUCUGAGUGAAGGAAAGCUAGACACACUGGAGACAGACAAGUUAAAGUGUGUGCAGCAUGACCUAGAUCAAGCUCCUGAUGGAAAGGUGGAACCUAAAAGUGAAUGCCAGAUUGCUUCUGCUCCAUCUAAAGCCAAACUGAUCUCGCGUAUAGCCAAGAUGGGCCAACCUAUGCUUCCAUUUCUGAUUGGGGCAAUUCCAGCUCAGCCUGACCCCAGCGACUCUGAAACAGAGGACGCCAAUGAGUCUGGACUGACCUGCGACCCCUGUCCUUCACAUGAUUCACCCUUCCCAAAACCUGCUCAAAUUCCCUGCACUUCUCCAUCUUCGUCAUAUAAGGCUGAUGAUGUUCAGAAUAAGGAAGAAGUGCCACAAGCAGAAUCAAACGCUGCUCAAGACUUUCAGCCAUGUUCCUGCAGAGAAAAUCCAUAUUUUCCACCACAGCUAAAUUCAUUUACUUCAAUUUACCCAUCCCAGCACAUUCCAUACUCAACUCCUGAUAUUACAUCCUUCCUGAUGUCUGACGCUCGCCAGCAUAACAAAGAAAUUCUGAUGGCAAUAGAGAAGCUAGAACACAGAGUGGACCGGCUGACCAGCAAGGUGGAUGAUUUACAUAAAGAGGGUCACUUCUCUUUUGGACUCGCCACUGUGUCUUUAGAAACAAACAUGAUCCUGUACAACAUCCAGAGAAUUAUUCAGCAGGAGAGCGUGUGCCUGAAAAAUGAGGUUUUGAGCUCUAAACUGGAGGAACAGAACCACAAAAGGGAAGAUCUUUGUGAACAGAACAAGAGGUAUAUGGAGCAGCAGGCAAUCCAGACCUGCCACAUUCAUUCUGAACAGCAAAAGGAUGAUUCAUUGAUUUCCUCCUGUCAUCUGCAGCAGGAGCUGGUGAAUCACCAGCAGAGGGAGACAGAGAUUCAGACUCAACUCAGUGCUGCUCUCAAUGACAAACACAAGCACUGUGCUCAGAUCAGCCUUCUGGAGGCACAAGUGGCAGAGCUUUUGAAACGAGGAGAACAGAGCGAUCAGCUGUGGAGGGCGGAGAAGCAGAAGUGCAAAGAGUUGGAAACCACUAUUCAAAACAUGGAUGAGGAGAUGCAAGACCUGAGGGCUGAAAAGGAGAAUCUGGAACAGGUCCUGUUAGAGAAGAAGAGGAAGUGGAAGGAUGAGCGGGAGCGCAUUAUUGUGGAGCAGGAAGAGGAACAUGAGAGGAGUCAGCAGGAGGUCCUACAGCUCCUCAUGCAGCUCAGAAAGGCCAGACACUCCACUGAAGCACUCAUGAAGCAGGCAGAGUUUGAGUUGAGCUCUCAAAAGAAAUGUGAUGCUGAACUGGCAGAGCAGAAGAAGCUGGAAGGAGCCAUUACUGAGCUGCAAGAACAGUAUGAGGAUCUAACAGCAACACCGUCAAGUAAGAACAAGCAGUUUGAUGCUCAGUUGGCUGUUCAGGUAAAGCGAGUGAUGAAAGAAGUGUUUCAGUGUCUCAGGACAGAGUUUGAUCUGCAGGAGUCUUACAGAGGACAUUCAGUGCUUCAGAUUCUCCAAAACACCAUCAAGAGCGUCUCCAUGAAACUCCUCUCAGAGUCUUGGGAGUUUGAAUCAGAUGAAGAUAAAGCAAAGGAAGCAUAUGGAUCUACCGAAGAGCUGUUGAUGCUAAAGGAUAACAAUGAAUUAGAGGAGAAAGGAGAGCAUUAAAGAGAAGUGAAUGGGGACAAGGAUUAACACCGGCACAUGAGGUAUGAUUGGGAGCACUGGAGGAUUUGGUGGGUGCUCACCGACUUCAGCC